AUGAGUAAUUCUUCGCCGUCAGAUUCUUCCAUUAUUAUUGCUAAAAUCCCUGAUGAAGUUUUAUGUGAAAUAUUUUAUCGUAUUCGUUCAUUACCUUUAUUAUUACUGGCAUCGCGAACAUGUCGUCAUUGGCGAAACAUUAUUUUUAAUGAAUGGUUUUUUAAUAACUAUUAUUCCGUUAAAUAUCGUGGACGAAAUUUAAUUGGCUGGUGGAAAUUCGAUGAUAAAAAUCAUAUUGGUCGUGAUUCGAGCGGUUUACUGGGGAAUCGUUACACAUUAAAUGGUUCACCACAAAUAGAACAAUGUAUCCUCGGUUGUAAUUGUUGUGUAUUUGAUGGUCAUUCAGUAAUUAAAGUUCCGGUUGAUGACAAACUAGAAUAUCAAAUUGAUAAUUUUUCAAUAUCAUUAUGGUUUUUAGCUGAAGAUGAUUUGAAUUAUGGAUGGAAAGUAUUUUUAGCUGCAUGGGAUGAACCUAAUAAUUAUUGGAUGCAUAUUGGUUUUCAUGAUAGAUCUAUAGAAAGUCAAGCAAUGAUAUCACCAACAUAUCGUUAUCAAUUUAAUUGUAAAGCAAGAAAUAUGAUAAUUCAAUCAAAAACAUGGUAUCAUCUUGUUGUGAGAUAUAGUCGAAAUAAUAAACAAGAUAUAUGGAUUAAUGGAAAAUUACAGACUCAAGUACACAUGACGACACCGAAUGGUGUAACAACAAUAUGGAAUAAACCAAUAUUUUCUUCAUCUCCCCCACGAUUAUGGUGGUCAUCACAAAAAAUGUGUAUGCCCGAUGCAUUAUUUAUAGGUGCUAAAAACGAAAAAUAUACUUAUUCAUGGUCUGGUGGAAAAUUAGCUGAUAUAACUAUAUGGAAUAAAUUGUUAGAACCAAUUGAAAUAAGAGCAGCAUAUAGAGAAAAAGUUUCGAUUGAUAAAUUGAAUGUUGGAACUUAUAUAUUUCAAUAA